GCAGCCCUCUGGCUCAACGACAGAGUUGCAACGACACGCUCGCUUUGUUUAUAAUUUGUAAUAUAAAGAAAUAAAUAAAUAAGUCUGAAAGCGGGCAUAAUAUAAAUAAUAUUUUUGCCAAUAGCAAUAGCUAUUUACUAUGAUUAACAUAGAAAAAGUCGCUGAUAUGUGCAGCAUUAAAACUGAGCAAGAGGAAUGUAAUGUUGAUACAGAAAUAUUAACUGAGCAAUUUAAUUGGCAAUUAACGCAAAUCAGCAGUGGGGAAGGCAUUAAGUUGGAGCAGGAUAUGAGCACCGUCUGGCACAACAGCGCGACAAUGUCUAAUUGGCAAAUGUCCAAGGAGCAGCCUGAUACGUCCUACGAUAAAGCAGAGUAUCCGACUAGUUAUGAUUUGGAUGUGGAUGAUUCCGUUCUAAAUCGAAACUUUGCUCCCAUUCAACGUGCUGGCAAAAGAUCGAAUGAUAUAGAAAGAAUAUCAACGAGAAAGAAAAGGCAAAUGACGAGUGAAACAAAAUUGCCAGAAAUAUUUCGAUUUUUCUGCAAUGUUGAAAAAGAUUGUAAUGCGAAGCCAGGUGCAAUUAGUGCCACAUGCAAUGCAUGUCAAACUAGGAUUAAAGGUUUUAUAACUGUUACCUCAAAUUUCAUAAAACAUCUGCGACUGAAACACUUUGAAAUCCAUGCCGCAUUUAUAAGCGCUAAGCAAGUUGGAAAUUCUGAGGUACCAGAACUUUCCGAAUCGGAUUCAUUCGAUAAUCGAGUUAUGUGCUACGUUAUAGAUACGGCAAUACCAUUGUCUACCGUUGAAACAGCCAGUUUUCGCAAUCUCUUUAAGGGUACAAAUCUGCAGGUUUUGAGUCGUUCCAAAUUAGAGCACCGACUGGAUGAGCGUUAUUCGAAGAUGUGUUACAGUCUUAUUAAUAUGAUAAGGGAUGUUAAAUAUGUGUGUGCAACUGCUGAUAUCUGGACUACCAAACAAUGCAGUCUUUUCAGCUACACAUGCCACUGGUUAGAUCAAAAAUAUCAGAGGAAUUCGGUGGUAUUAUCGUGCAAACGAUUUUCAGGUGAAAAUUAUCAGAUUUUGGAAAUGAUAAAUAACGUCAACACGAAAUUUGAUUUAAACAAUUUGAAGAUUGUUGCAACCGUUACGCAUUAUGGCACAAAUUUUUCAAAAGCGUUAAAGGAGUUUAGAUUAGUAAGGAGUUUUAAUAAUGUGGACCCAUCAUUUCAAUGUGAUACCGAUGGCGAAGGCGUUUUAAAGUCUAUAGAGGAACAUUGCAAUCUUUUGCCGAAUCACAUUAAAUGCGCAAGCUACACUUUAAAUAAUCUCGCUUCUACAGAUUUUAUUGAACUACUAAUCAACGAUACAGCUCUAAAGGAAAGACACACAAAGGUUUUUGAAAAGUGCAGUUGUCUGUGGCGCAAGAGCGAUAACUCUACGACUUCAGAGACUAUAGUGACAGUGUUAGGUGAAUCUUUAAUUACACCUGUUGCAACGAGAUGGAACUCUAUAUAUAAUGCUAUCUGUUGCAUUCUAUCGCAUAAAGAGAAACUACCUGAACUUUGUAGUCGAUUGGCUUUGCAUAAUUCUUGUUUCUCUGCAAGUGAUAUUCAAUAUAUGGAAGAAUAUCGUGUAUUAAUGGCUCCAAUUGUUGCAACGAUUGAGUUUCUGCAAAUGGAAAGCAAUUUAUUUUACGGCUGUCUUAUACCUGCCCUGACAUCUCUAUGUGUAAAGCUAAAAAGAGUUUCCGACUCAACCGAACUAAUCGAUCUAAAGAAUUUGGCAACUGCCCUACAGGAUAAAUUAAAAGAACGCUUUUCGAAAUACUUUAAACUUUCUGAGGAAGCAAAUAGUGCAAUAAUAGCAUCAGUUUUAUGUCCAAGCGUCAAAAUGAGGUGGUUUAAUGCUCUGGUUAAAGUAUAUACACAUGGACGUUGUGCUGACGAUAUUCAUAAAAUUGUUAUCACUGAAGCUGUGCGACACGCGAAAGCAUCAGAAAAUAAUCAUCAGUAUUCUAUUGAACAAGUUCUCCCAAAGAAAAAAGAUGAUUUCUAUGAAUUUGAUGAAUUUGAUGAUGCUGGUGAGACCAGUGAUUUGGAUACUUCACAGCCGUCGCCAAUAGCUCCAACAUCAAAAUUAACUGAGGAAGUGGAAUCGCAGUUUCACAAUUAUCUUCGAAAUUCAGGCACCAAUUUUGACAUGCUGGAAAAGUAUCCUUUGCUGCAUGAUUUGGCAAUAAAACAUAAUACCAUAUUGACGUCAUCUGCGCCGGUUGAAAGAUUGUUUUCAUUUGAAAAGAUAGUUAGUUAUUUAAAGAAUCCAGAACUUUCCGAUUAUCCAUUCGAAAAACUAGUUUUACUUAAAGCUAAUUGUAAUGUGUAGUUAUAAGCUGGGCCAGAGCAAUAUAAAUGUGCAAUGUCGUUAGAACUAAAACUAAUAAAUAAGCAGUUUUAGCUGCAAAUAUUUGUUAAA